UGAACGGAAGAAUGGUGAAUGAAUAUAGUCAGAAAUGAGAACGUGCAAACACUACAGCUCCUCCUCAAUAUCGUUGGACCUUUUCUCACUCUUAUAAACUCACAAAGUCCACAAUUACAUUUACAAUCACAAACAUCAAACUCAUCUUCACCAACGCCCACUACCUUUUUUUUUUUUUUUUUGUUGGAAAUAGCCCACUACUCUUUCUUCCUAUUAUUUAUUUAUUAAUAGUUUUAACCACAACCGGCCGGCCACAAAAAUUUUUGAAAAUCAAACCAAAGCCUAUUUCUUGUUUCCGUUUUUUUUUUCCCCCUAAAAGCUCUAUGCUCUUUAAUCGAAAUUCAGAAGCCUAACUCCAACUCCAACUCCAACUCCAACUGGAUUGGUUUAGUUUUUUUUUUUUUUUUUUUUUCUGUUAACCAGGUAAUUAUUCUUGAUUACUACCAACAUAACAACUUUUAAUUACUUUGCUCUGUGUUUGUUGGGGUUGUGGAUCUGAUGUGCUUGUUUCAGUUUUCAUUACCUGCUUUGCUUGUCGGAAAGUUCUUUGAUCAUAAUGCAACGAACUUUGGUGGUAUAAUAAUUAUACAAUCAAGAAAAUAGCAGUGACAUAUUGUAGACAAUUAUGGGUUGUAAUUGCUUUGGAGGCUCAAGACUUGAGAAAAAAAAGGGUUCUGCUAAUUCUCAUCAUGAGAUAGAUGAGAACUUGCUUGGGAAUAUUAAACAUUUUUCCCACAAGGAGUUAAGAUUGGCAACGGACAAUUUUCAUCCAAGCAAUAAGAUAGGGCAAGGUGGUUUUGGAACUGUUUACAAGGGAACCCUAAAAAGUGGAAUAGAAGUUGCUGUGAAGACACUUUCUGCCCAGUCGAAGCAGGGAUUGCGUGAAUUUUUGACUGAGAUUAAUACCAUAUCAAAUGUCAGGCAUCCGAACCUUGUUGAGUUGUUAGGGUGCUGUGUUCAAGAAUCUAACCGGAUUUUAGUAUAUGAAUAUGUAGAAAAUAACAGCCUUGAUCGUGCGUUGUUAGGUUCGAAGAGUCGAAACAUCAAAUUGGAUUGGGGGAAAAGAUCCGCUAUCUGCCUGGGCACUGCUAGGGGUCUUGCAUUUCUUCAUGAAGAACUCAUACCGCAUAUUGUGCAUCGAGAUAUCAAAGCUAGUAAUAUACUUCUUGACAAAGAUUUCAACCCAAAAAUUGGUGACUUUGGCUUGGCUAAACUUUUCCCAGAUGACAUCACUCACAUUAGUACAAGAAUUGCUGGAACAACUGGUUAUUUGGCACCUGAAUAUGCCUUGGGUGGUCAGUUAACCAUGAAGGCUGAUGUUUACAGUUUUGGAGUCCUUAUACUUGAAAUAAUUAGUGGCAGAAGCAGUGCAAAGGCGAACUGGGGAGGGAUGGAGAAAUUUCUUUUGGAAUGGGCAUGGGAGCUCUACCAAGAAAAUAGACUCUUGGAGCUAUUGGAUCCAGAACUGGAAGGAUAUCCUGAGGAAGAAAUCAUUAGAUACAUGAAGGUAGCAUUUUUCUGCAGCCAAGCAAUAGCGAGCCGAAGGCCACUGAUGAGCCAGGUUGUAGAGAUGCUCUCAAGGAAUAUCCGGUUGAAUGAGAAGGAACUUACAGCCCCUGGUUUUUUCACAGAUGCAGGGGAAUCAUCCUCAAAAAAAGGAUCAAUCAUGGAAUCUACCAGCUAUCAAAUGAGCUCUGUCCCAGAGACAAUUACACAGUACAUUGAAGUAAGAAGGUACUUGGCAACCACUAACUACCAACUACCGGUGACGUGUCCUCUUUUUUCUUUUUUAAGAAUAUACUAA